AUGUCGAACAUCACUUCUCCGGCCCAAAAUGGCCAUGCUGCACAACAACAAGUCUCCAUCUCGCCUUUGCUUAAGAGGCUGUCGACGUUAGAGUCUGCUCGGGGUGUCUCUUCCAAGGAAAUUGCCGCCGCUGUCGCUCUCAUCUUCACCGACAGCCUCUCCCCGGUGCAAUUCGGUCUGCUAUUGUGGGCAUUGCACACCACCAAUCUCGACCAUUCCGCCGAGGUCCUCGCAGCAUGCGCUUCCUCCAUGCGAGUCAACGCUGCACAGGUCGAUACUGCAAAGUUGCAUAGUGUUGUCAAAAGAAAACACAAGGCGGAGGGAACUUAUGCUGGAGGAUUGUGCGACAUAGUAGGAACAGGAGGUGACGGCCACAACACCUUCAACGUCAGUACCACAUCCUCCAUUAUUUCCUCGGCCCUUCUCUUGAUCGCAAAACACGGCAACAACUCUUCUACCUCCCUUUCGGGCUCUGCGGAUCUCCUCCAAAAUUGUCCCACACCUCCCAUCAUCGCAGCAACCACGGCCACGAACCUACCUCUCAUCUACGAGAAAUCCAACUACGCUUUCCUCUACGCUCGCGAAUGGCAUCCAGGCAUGAAGUACAGCGCAGCCAUUAGAAAGGAAGUCCCCGUCCGCACAAUUUUCAAUCUUCUUGGACCUCUUGCCAAUCCAGUACAUGAUACGGGUUUGAUAGAAGCCCGAAUCCUGGGCGUUGCUCGACACGACAUUGGCCAGAACUUCGCUGACGCUCUGCGUCUAAGCGGCGCGAAGAAAGCGUUGAUUGUUUGUGGAGAAGAGGAUCUAGACGAACUGUCCUGCGCAGGACCCACGCAUUGCUGGUAUCUUCAUGAUUCUCCUUCUGCAUCCAAAAGCCAGGCGGAGAUUGUCAAAUUCAUGCUCACGCCAGAGGACUUUGGCCUUCCUAGACAUUCACUUGAGACAGUGCAUGGCGGAAAGGGACCUGCUGAGAAUGCGGAGAUUUUGAUGAGGAUAUUAAAGGGGGAGAUGCCUGAUGACGAUCCUGUCUUCCAUUUCGUGCUGCUGAACACGGCGGCGUUGAUUACCUGCAGUGGAAUUUGUGAGAGUGAGAGCAGUGCUAUGGGAGAAGGAGAUGAUGGGAUCGUGGUGAAGGAGAGGGGGCCCGGUGGAUUGAGGUGGAAGGAAGGCUUGAGGAGAGCGAGAUGGUGUGUGAAGAGUGGAGAGGCUUUGAGGCAGUGGAAUGGAUUCGUAGAGGUUACCAAUGAGGUAAAGGCGUGA